CGGAGUCGCCCCGAGUCGUUCGCUCCACACUAGGUGCUUCAGCCCGGUGCUCCCUCGGCUGAUGGCUGCCUACUCCUACCGCCCCGGUCCCGGGGCCGGCCCCGGCCCUGCCGCGGGCGCGGCGCUCCCGGACCAGAGCUUUCUGUGGAACGUCUUCCAGAGAGUUGAUAAAGACAGGAGCGGGGUGAUCUCGGACAACGAGCUUCAGCAGGCGCUGUCCAAUGGUACAUGGACUCCAUUUAACCCUGUGACUGUGAGAUCAAUCAUAUCUAUGUUUGACCGAGAGAACAAGGCUGGCGUGAAUUUCAGUGAGUUCACAGGCGUGUGGAAGUAUAUCACUGACUGGCAGAACGUGUUCCGCACCUAUGACCGGGACAACUCAGGGAUGAUCGACAAGAACGAGCUCAAGCAAGCACUCUCAGGCUAUCGGCUCUCUGACCAGUUCCACGACAUCCUCAUCCGCAAGUUUGACCGGCAGGGACGGGGGCAGAUUGCUUUUGAUGACUUCAUCCAGGGGUGCAUCGUCCUGCAGAGGCUGACGGACAUAUUCCGACGCUAUGACACGGAUCAGGAUGGCUGGAUCCAGGUGUCCUAUGAGCAGUAUCUUUCCAUGGUCUUCAGCAUCGUAUGACUUUGGCGACAUCAGCCGUCCAUGUUCUUCAGUGUUGUGUGACGUCACCUCUGAAUGACAGCAUGACCACAGAAGAAAGACUGGAAAUGCCAAAUUUCUGACCUUUCAAUGGAGUGGAGCCACAGAUGUUAGAUUUUAUAGAAUCUACCUGGGGACCGGUUGUACAUAUGUGGAUAGCUGCCUACUAUUCUCUCAAUUAUAACAUGUCCUUGUAAGCAAACGCUACUGUUGGAACCCUAACCUUAGGGUGUACAUGUUGGCUUUGGUGACUAAUUGUGCCACAAGGUGAAAAUGUCAUGAUGAGACAAUGUGUCAGCAAUUAUGCUUACAGAAAAUGUAUCAUGUUCAUAUCCAGGUACCAGUUCUGUAGAGAAAAUGGUUUCUUAGCCAGUGGAGACCUUAAACGCACAGAGCUUACACAGGCUUUUCAUGUGCCUUACUUUGUAAAGAGGAGUUUAUUAGAUCUGAUGGAAUAUGUAAUAUAACAAUAAAGUAACAGGUACCAAUGAA